CACUAAGAAUGUGUGUCAAAAAUACUGGAGAUAUGCUUCAAAAAGAUUGUAGCUGUUAAUUCAUAUUGAAAUUUGAUAUUGUUCAUUUUUUCUUUUUCUUUAUCAUUGCGAACAUGGCGGAUAAAACGAAUUCUCAUGAGACCUUUAUGUUUAAGUUUGCAUUAUCUGCUGUUGCUGCUGUUGUGGCUGAAUCUGUUACGUAUCCAUUAGACCUUACAAAAACCAGGUUACAGAUCCAAGGAGAGCAAACGCAUUGCCACCAUGCAUUCACCCAUCAGGCUUCUGAGGGGGUCAAAGAGGCAGCUUCACACAGGGGCAUGUUAAAAACUGCAGUUGGCAUAGUUCGUGAAGAAGGGCUUCCUAAACUUUGGCAGGGUGUUACACCAGCCCUAUAUAGACAUGUUGUGUAUACAGGAGCAAGAAUGGGGUGCUAUGAAUAUUUGAGAGAAAAUGUACUGAAGAAAGAUAAAGAUGGGUCAUUUCCAUUAUGGAAAGCUGUUAUAGGAGGUCUAAGUGCAGGUGCUUUUGGCCAGUUUAUUGCUAGUCCAACUGACUUAGUUAAGGUCCAGAUGCAGAUGGAAGGAAAAAGACGAUUAGAAGGCCACCCACCCAGAGUAAAAAGCACCUGGCAUGCCUUCUCCAGCCUAAGAAAGGAGGGUGGUGUGAGAGGCCUGUGGAGGGGCUGUGUGCCCAAUGUACAGAGGGCUGCAUUAGUCAACAUGGGAGAUUUAGCAACUUAUGAUACGGCAAAACAUUUCCUAUUAAGGCACACAAGUUUACAAGACAAUUAUGUAACACAUUCCUUAGCAAGUGGGAUGUCAGGUAUAGUUGCUGCUUUAGUAGGUACUCCAGCAGAUGUUGUAAAAACUAGAAUUAUGAACCAACCAACAAAAAAUGGAAAGGGCCUCCUGUAUACCUCAUCCUUAAACUGUGCAGUGAAAACUGUUCAAAAUGAAGGCUUCCUAGCUCUCUAUAAAGGCCUCUUGCCCAUUUGGGCAAGAAUGGCCCCCUGGUCUCUUACAUUCUGGUUAACAUAUGAGAAAGUGAGGAAAACUGUGGGAACAUCGUCAUUUUAAACCAAGACCUAAACUUUAUCAAUGCCACUGCCACGUGUCCUGAAUGUUUCAACCAAGAGUUUGGAGAGAAGAUUGGAGUAUAUGUUGUAUGCUGUAAUUUUCCACCUGACCUGAAAUAAUUUUUGUAGAAGUGAGUUACUUUCAUACAAAAAUUUUGACAGACGAAGUAAAAUAAUCAGAAAUGAUUCCAAGUUUGAUCAAGAUGUAUGAGUCAUUUUGUUUUGUGGUGUUUUGGUGAUUAUGCACUGCUGAUUAGGUCUUCCAAUCCAGUCCACCAUGAAAUGUCAUAUAAUGCCUUGUUAAGUAGGUACAAGAAUUGAGGUAAGGCCCAGAAGUCGUGAUGGGCCUUUUACAUGUGCCUUUACAGCCAAAGUAGUUGUAAUAUGAUAAUAAUGGCUGUAUAACUAAAUUUGUUCAUUUAUCAAAUUAUAAUUUUUUAUUCCUCUGUUGAC